CUUUACUAUAUAUAAUAUAGUUGCACACUAACACUUUCCUAAAUAUUCAAACACUUCAGUGUGUUCUUAUUGUUUUUUAAUUAAAAUUACGAUGAGGAAGAAUUUGAACUUGGAACUCCGUCUUUUCCCUCUCUCAAAUUCCGAUCUUUGUAACACAAUGAAAGAAGAAGAAGAAGAAGAAGUAGCAGAAAGCAGUGAGAGUCCACUACAAGAUAACCAACACCGGCCAUUGACCAUUGUCUAUGAUGGCAAGAUUUGCGUUCAUGAUGCUACAGAGAUUCAGGCCAGAUCAAUUUUAAUGUUUGCAAAUAAAGAAAUGGAGGAAAGAGUUAGGACACCAACUGGAACAUCAUCAGAGCCAUCUUCACCAUCAGUAUUUAACUUAUAUAGCCCUGCCACUUCUCCUUCCAUGAAAAAAUCACUGCAGAGGUUUCUCCAUAAGAGGAAGAAUCGGAUCCAAGAAGCAGCCCCUUACCAUCGAUCUCAAGAUAAAUGAGCCAAAUUAAUUACUACUACAAAUGAAAAUUUUGGUUUUGCUGUGUUAGACUAUAGUAUGUCUUUCAACAAAGGUCUAUGUCAAAUUGUCAACUGCUUGUAAAUUAUGUAGGAUUGAAAGUUAUUCAUUCUUAAUCUUGCACUACUAUGAAAUUUGGGUUGGAUCUUGUGUUUGGGGUCUGAGUCUGCUGCAAAUACUUGAAUAAGAAGAUGAAGAACAUGAUGAUGAAUGUUUCCCGAAUAAUUCUAAAGCGGGCGUGUGUAUCACACUAAGCUUUAGGUUCGAUUUUCCUCUACUAGUUUAUGCAAACCGGAUGCAAAUGAGUUACAACAGAUGAAUCCCCUUCAAUGAGUUAAAACCGGAUGCAAACCGGAUAUUUUGGAAACCAUGAUAUGAAUUGCACAAUCAUAUCAAACAUAUCAAUCAAUGAUAGUUUACAGAAUAAAGUUCAUUCAAUGACUCUUGUGCACUAGAGAAAUGAAGAGAUGAUUUAGAAAUAUUUGAGGCAAAAUUAGACUCAUGUGAACAUAUUCUUGAAUGUGUUUUUUUCGUCACGAAUAUCUCUAUUUAUAAAGAAACUCAUAUCAUUUGAUGAAGUGAAACAAUCCUUGAAGUUGAAAGAUAUCAUGCAAUGUUAAAUAUGAAAUAAUGUUAUGAUUCA